AUGGCGACCUCACGCAUGCAGAAUGGCGUACAUGGCGACCUAGACAUCAACACACCUACGUCACUUGGAGCACCUGGCGACCUGCAUGAGGACUGUAGAAAGAAGAAUGAGGUUGGGUUUUUGGGACUAGGAAUAAUGGGAAAAGCCAUGUCGAUGAAUUUGCUGAAGAAUGGAUUCAAGGUCACUGUCUGGAACAGAACUCUUUCUAAGGUACUCUUCUUAGGAAAUAUUAUCAUCAAUCAGUUUUUUAUGAAUUUGCUGUCUGAUCCAGCUGCAGCUCUUUCGGUUGUUUAUGAUAAAGAUGGUGUCCUUGAGCAAAUUUGUAGCGGUAAAGGUUACAUAGACAUGUCGACAGCCGAUCCAAAGACUUCUUGCAAAAUCGGUGAGGCGAUCACAUCAAAUGAUGGCCAAUUCCAUGAAGCCCCUGUUUCUGGUAGCAAACAACCUUCAGAAACUGGUCAACUGGUGAUUCUUGCUGCCGGAGACAAGGAUGAACUGGGAUUUACAUUGUGCACAUCGAAAGUCAACUUUUUUGAGUUGGUAAAAGUUGAAGGGGCAGAAGAGAAAAAGGUUAUUGACCUGGAGAGUCUCUUCAAAGACAACAAGAACAAGAUGGCAAGGCGAUAG